ACUCCUUUCUGUCCCCACAAAUCACCCAUCGUAAUGUCGAGCGAAAACUUCAGCGUCACGGAGCAUGCCGUUCCCGGCUGCCACAUUCGAGAAUAUCCGGGAAGCACUGUUCAUCAGGAAGACAUACUGAAUCUCCAUGUCAAGCAGUAUACUCCCAAGAACCAGGCCGAACCCGUUCCCGCCGACGCCAUCACUAUCAUCGCUGCUCAUGGGGCUGCACUUCCCAAGGAGUUGUAUGAGCCGCUGUGGGAUGAGUUGCUGAACCAAGCCACUGGCUUUCAUAUUCGCAGCAUCUGGGUGGCCGACUGUGCCAGUAUGAAUACUAGCGGGGUCUUGAAUGAAGAUAAACUCAGCAUGGACUGUUCUUGGAUGGAUCAUGCGCGGGACCUGUUCCUGAUGAUCAACCAUUUCCGCGACCAGAUGCCCCGUCCGCUCGUGGGGAUCGGUCACAGCAUGGGCGGAAACAUCAUCACGAACCUGGCCUUUCUCCAUCCGCGCUUAUUCACAACCAUUCUCCUCGUGGACCCCGUCAUCCAGCUAAGCCCGCCAGCUAUGGGCUUCGGCACUGACCCUCCGGGAGCACCGAACUACACUCUCCGACGCUCGGACGUAUGGCCCAGCCGCGAGGCAGCCGUACAAGCCAACCGCAAGUUUAUGCACGGAUGGGAUCCCCGAUGUGUGGAAUUGAUGGCGAAGCACGGUUUCCGAGAAUUACCGACGCGGCUGUACCCGGACGUGGAGGCGGUGAAGGCGAAGUUUGGCACCACCACCAACACCACUCCAGUCACUCUGACCACCACCAAACAUCAAGACCUCCUCGGUCAGAUCCGACAGAACUUCAGCGCCCGCAACCCGACCACCGGGGUGAUUGAGAUCCCUCGCGAUACCCAUGCCGACCUGGACCCCGCGGCUGCCUUUAUUCCCCUCUACCGUCCCGAACCCCGCAGUACCUUUUUCCGCCUCCCCACUCUCCGCCCCUCCUGCCUCUGGGUCGUGGGCGGAUCGACCUAUCUGAAUCUCGAUGAGAUGCGCCUUGCCAUCCAGCGGUGUGGAACAGGGGUCGGUGGGAGUGGGGGACUGUCUGAGGGGAGGGUCAAAGAGGUUACAUUGCCUGGAUUGGGCCAUCUGAUGCCGUUUCAGGAGGUCAAGGCCGUGGUGGACCCGUGUGCAGCUUGGUUGCGGGAGGAAAUGGAUCGAUUCCGUCGCGUGGAGCGGGAGUGGGAGGAGGCCCAGAAGGGGAAGAGUCAUCUGGUGGUCGAAGAGAAUUGGUAUAAAGUCUUGAAGCCGGUGAAUGCUCGUCGUGGUAAGGGCGGGCCCAGCGCGAAGCUCUCGUGAGGCUACAGUGUCUAUAAUGGUCAUACUUUAGGGCAUCUUCACCUCGUGCAUGUACUGUGUGCAUGAUGGCUUUCACUUGAAGGAGAUGGUGGCAGCUCUGUGGGAGUUGUAAUGUAGAUGCGUGCCAGUCUAUAUGAUGGACGCCAUGCUGAUCCCUAUUCUCAUUGUCAUCUAGCAACAGGUCCACGUAGUCUAUCUU